AUGUGGAUAUUAUACAGAUAUACAGCCAAUCAUAUCACAAAUCUCGUAGGGAAUUUACUAUCACGAAAUCUGCCCUCUUUCAUUUCAGCCUUCGAGUUGGAAUAUCAUAAAGUAGAUCUCGUUCGCGUAGUCACGCUCGAAGCCGCUCACGUAGCCGAUCCGUACGGUCAAUGUCACGAUCCCGUUCUAGAAGUCGUUCUUACUCUUCUUACUCUUCAAGGAGCCGCUCCUACUCUCGUAGUCCGUCUUACUCGCGAAGUCGUUCUCGUUCACGUUCGUCUUAUCCCGCUCAAUGCGACCGUAGCUCAUUUGAACGAGAUUUUUGGUGCUUAUGGACAUAUUAAUGGCAUCGAUAUGCCAACAAACAAAAAGUGGUCGGUGAAUAGAGGCAUUGCAUAUAUAGAAUAUGAAACUAGAAGUGAGGCGGAAAAGGCUAUUAGUUACAUGGAUGGGGGUCAAUUGGAUGGGGCGGUUCUUUCAUGCGCAUUUGUUCCACGACGACCGUCACCGCCACCACCAUCAAUACGCCGCAGAGGCAGAGGUAGAGUGGACGUUACAUAUCUCCCAGGCGGUUCACUGGAAGCAGUUAUAGAGCACGAGGCAGGUCGCCAUUGCGACGAUAUUCUCGAUCUCGAUCUCGAUCGCCUAUACACAGAAGACGUUCGUAUUCUUAUAGUUCAUACAGUUCCAGAAGUAGAUCUAGAACACCAUAUUCUAGAAGUCGUAGUCGGACAAGGACUACCACAAAAAUGA